AUGGACCAGGGCCCCGUAGUUAUGGACCAGGGCCCCGUAGUCAUGGCCCAGGGCCCCGUAGUUAUGGACCAGGGCCCCGUAGUUAUGGACCAGGGCCCCAUAGUUAUGGACCAGGGCCCCGUAGUCAUGGCCCAGGGCCCUGUAGUUAUGGUCCAGGGCCCUGUAGUUAUGGACCAGGGCCCCAUAGUUAUGGACCAGGGCCCCAUAGUUAUGGACCAGGGCCCCGUUGUCAUGGACCAGGGCCCCGUAGUCAUGGCCCAGGGCCCCGUAGUUAUGGACCAGGGCCCCGUAGUUAUGGACCAGGGCCCCGUAGUUAUGGACCAGGGCCCCGUUGUCAUGGACCAGGGCCCCGUAGUUAUGGACCAGGGCCCUGUAGUUAUGGACCAGGGCCCCAUAGUUAUGGACCAGGGCCCCAUAGUUAUGGACCAGGGCCCCGGUAGUCAUGGACCAGGGCCCCGUUGUCAUGGUCCAGGGCCCCGUUGUCAUGGACCAGGGCCCCGUAGUUAUGGACCAGGGCCCCGUUGUCAUGGACCAGGGCCCCGUUGUCAUGGACCAGGGCCCCGGUAG